GAGAGGAGGUGAGGAUACACAUCAAGCAGUAAGAGACUCAGAGCCGACUCGGCAGCAGAGAACUGCGCUCAAACUGUAUGGAUGUUAAUAAGCCAGAGAAAUAAAAGCGGUUGGAGCGGAGAGCGCAUGUGGCCAGGCUGCGGUGGAUCCCUGCCGGCCACGGCGUGAAUGGGAUUACGCAGGUUGCUCCGGGUCCCCUGUCGGUGCUGCUGCUGCUGCUGCUGCAGGAAACAUGCGUCUGCAGAGCUUUCCGGUCCCCCCGCUGCUGCUGCUGCUGCUAACUGGGAUUUGCAGCGGCACAAGUUUCCCAAGUAACAUAAACAUAGGAGGCCUUUUCCCCACUGGGUCCCAUGAAUACGAGGUGUUUCGUUUCGCCCUGGCACAACAUCAGGACGUCCCCAAACUGGUGCCACAGGUGGACAUGGUGGACAUUGGGAGCAGUUUUGCCAUGACCUAUGCUUUCUGCUCCCAGUUUUCUAAGGGUGUGUACACCAUCAUGGGCCUGUAUGACCGAAAGACAGUCAACAUGCUGAUGUCUUUCUGUGGCUCUCUACACGUGUGCUUCAUCACGCCGUCUUUCCCAGUUAAGACCAACAACCAGUUUGUACUGCAGUUGCGGCCCCAGCUGCAGGAGCCCCUCAUGGCCCUUUUGGAGCACUUCAAAUGGAAAAGGUUUGUCUACAUGUACAGCUCUGAUUCAGGUCUGACAGUGCUGCAGAGGAUCCUUGAUACAGCAGCAGAGCGCAGUUGGCAGGUUACCUCCGCUAACUUGGACACAAUGACGGAAAAGACCUUCAUCAAACUCCUGGCCGAUCUUGACUACAAGGAGGACUUUCAUAUCAUCAUUGACUGUGAACUGGAACGAUUGAACAACAUCCUCAACUUGAUUGCAGCUCAAAAGAGAAACUUGAAGAACUACCAUUACAUCCUGGCCAACUUGGGCUUUCUGGACUUGAACGUCACAGAGUUUCAGAAGUUGGCACCAAAUGUGACAGGCUUCCAGCUGGUGAACCGAACCUGUCCAGCUGUGGAGAAAAUCAAUGAAGACUGGAUGGGCUUUGACAGCAAAGACCUCAAACUGACACGAAAGAGGCUCAAGUACACAGGAGCUCUGACCUACGACGGCGUCAAUGUCAUGGUGAAAGCUUUCCAAAACCUGCGGCGGCAGCGCAUUGACAUCUCUCGCCGUGGUAACGCAGGGGAGUGUCUGGCCAACCCACCAGCACCAUGGGGACAAGGCAUCGACAUCCAGAGAGCUCUGCAGCUGGUUCGUCUUGAAGGACUGACUGGUCACGUUGAGUUUAAUGAGCAAGGACACCGCACCAACUACACAUUGACUGUGAUGGAGCUCAGCCACAUGGGGCCCCGGAAGAUAGGCUUCUGGAAUGAGAAGAGAGGCUAUGUGCAUACACCCAUCUCCAGGCUGCCAACAGAAGAGCUGGUUAAUCUUCUGAACAAAACCUACAUUGUCACCACCAUAUUGGAAGCUCCCUACAUGAUGCUGAAGAAGAACCACGAGCAGUUUGAAGGAAAUGACAAGUAUGAAGGUUACUGUGCUGAACUAGCAUCUGAGAUUGCCAAACAUGUUGGCUUCACCUACCGGCUAGAACUGGUGGGAGACGGAAAGUAUGGCUCCAGAGACCCGGAGACAAAGCAGUGGAAUGGCAUGGUGGGAGAACUGGUCUACGGGAAGGCAGACAUGGCCGUCGCCCCACUGACAAUCACUCUCGUCCGAGAGCAAGACAUUGACUUCACCAAACCCUUCAUGUCUCUGGGAAUCUCCAUCAUGAUCAAGAAACCAACCAAGUCCAAGCCAGGCGUUUUCUCCUUCCUUGACCCGCUGGCCUAUGAGAUCUGGAUGUGCAUUGUUUUCGCCUACAUUGGAGUCAGUGUGGUGCUCUUUCUGGUGAGUCGUUUCAGUCCCUACGAGUGGCAAGGUGAAGAGUCAGAUGAAGAAGAUGAAACUGUUCCAGCUUCAGCAUGUCGACGAGCUCCUCCCACUUCAUACUCAGAAGACCCUCACUCUCCAGGUUACUCUCAAGCUCAGAAUCAGAACCAGAACCAGCAGAAAGAUAAAGAAACUCCUGAACACACAAACGACUUUGGAAUCUUUAAUUCUCUCUGGUUCUCACUUGGGGCCUUCAUGCAGCAGGGCUGUGACAUCUCCCCUAGAUCCCUCUCAGGUCGAAUUGUUGGAGGGGUGUGGUGGUUUUUCACCCUCAUCAUAAUCUCUUCCUACACAGCCAACCUGGCAGCUUUUCUCACUGUGGAGAGAAUGGUAUCCCCUAUAGAGAGCGCAGAAGACCUAGCCAAGCAGACCGAGAUCGCCUAUGGUACACUUGAAGGGGGCUCUACCAAAGACUUCUUCAAGAGGUCAAAGAUUGCUGUGUUCGAAAAGAUGUGGUCAUACAUGCGCAGUGCAGACCCGUCUGUAUUUGUAAAGAGCACCAAUGAGGGGGUAAUACGAGUCAGAAAGUCAAAGGGGAAGUAUGCCUACCUACUUGAGUCCUCCAUGAACGAAUACAUCGAGCAGAGGAAACCCUGCGACACCAUGAAAGUAGGAGGAAACCUUGACUCUAAGGGUUACGGAGUGGCCACUCCCAAAGCAUCGCCCCUCAGACUGUCUCUUGUUAUCUGUUAUGCCUGUCUUACUGCUACCUGCCUAAACCCUGUUAACUUGGCAGUGUUAAAACUGAACGAGCAGGGCCUGUUGGACAAAUUGAAAAACAGAUGGUGGUAUGACAAGGGAGAGUGCGGCAUCGGGGGAGGGGACUCCAAGGACAAGACAAGCGCGCUCAGUUUGAGUAAUGUAGCUGGAGUAUUCUACAUUCUGAUUGGUGGACUUGGGCUGGCCAUGCUGGUGGCAUUGGCUGAGUUCUGCUACAAGUCUCAGAUCGAGUCCAGGAGGAUGAAGUGUUUCAUGUUUGCCUGGACGAAUUCCCAAAGGUGGACCAAGCUGUUUGGACUUUGACAAGCUUAAAAAUACUUUUGGCCCAGAGUGAAAGAGCAACUCAACUUGCUUGAUGGUCUAGAUCCUAAAAUAGUUAACAUCAGCAUCUUGGGCAAGGCUUUCUGAAAAUAUAUCUAAACUAAAACGGAACUUUAUGUCUUCAGAAUAAGACUCUACAGUAUCUUCCUGCUCUCUAUGCCUUUCAAUUCUUAAUCUGACUGUUCAUUCACUAAGAGAUUUCACAUUGUAUGUUUUCACAGAUAGAGCUUUAUUUUUAGUUGUGAGCAUCAGCUGCUGCUGUUUUUCAGUAUGUUGCCACAGGGCAGCAGCACCAAACAUGACUUCCAUUUCAAAGUGAAUCAACUGAACUCUGCUCAGCUGCCACUCCAGCCUCUGACUCCUCAUCACUGCUGCCGUCUGAAUGUGAUGAAAUUGCGGAGGACUCGUCACAGACUGCGUUAUUUUAUGCCAUGGCUUUGAAGAGUGGCUCAGAAGAAACAAACAAGUCAUUAGAAGCUAGUGUGAGCUAAGAGUGCUCUCUUUUACGUUGGACUUUUGUUAUUCCCUUCUCAUGUGCGUCUGUGCACAAAACGACUUGAAGUGCUCUCUGAAGGCAGCGAUGACGCAACAUGUGGAAGAUUUCAUCAGUAAGAGCAGAUGGAGGGGCUUGUAGACCAGAUUUAGACAACAGUUUUAUGCAUAAGCAAGGAGUGCUGCACCUGUUAUCAAUACAGAGGAUACAUGCAUCUUGCAAAAUGAUCACAUUUUGUCAUGCCGAGCUGGUCCAACCCCUCGGGGCGCACCGAGGGGAGUCAACUCCUGAGACUGUGAGGGGUGCUUAAUAAAACCAAGACAUUUGUUGUUGUUGUUUGUCCGACAGUGAGAGUCAUUGAAAUCCAAAGGUUUUGGAAACAAUUUCAACUUCUUACUGGUGCAUGUCAAUACAUGCAUGUACCCCAAUUUGCAGAAGGCAAAUUUGGGUACUCAACCCAAACUUGCCUUCUGAUUUGGCUGUCGAUACCUGAAAUUGUAAGAAAUCUGUUGAUUGAGGCUCUAAUUCAGUGUUAUCUAAAGUGUGGGAUGGGAUCAUUUACGGCCC